AUCACGUGGCCGCGCGCGAGCCACCGCCUCCUUCACUCUCCCAUCAAACCCACCCCCUCGGAAGAUGGAGCAUGUGCAGAAGGUGGUCCGGAGUCUGUCAGUGGCGGCCCGGGCAGUAGGGGCUUUCAUCAGGCUGCAAACUCUCACUCCAACAGUAAGAACUUUUUCAGGAUCACACUCUCUGUCUCAGAAUGUUCCAGAAACCUUGUGGAAUCUAGGUCGAUUAAAUCAUGUAGCGAUUGCAGUACCUGACUUGCAGAUGGCCAAAUCUUUCUAUAAGAAUAUGCUAGGGGCCCAGGUAAGUGAGGUGGUCCCUGUUCCUGAACAUGGUGUCUCUGUUGUUUUUGUGGAACUUGGAAAUACUAAGCUUGAAUUACUACAUCCCUUGGGAGACCAAAGUCCGAUUGAAGGCUUUCUGCAGAAAAACAAGGCUGGAGGAAUGCAUCAUAUCUGCAUCGAGGUGGAUGAAAUAGAAGCAGCUGUGGCAGAUUUAAAACAAAAGAAGAUCCGUAUUCUGAGUGACAAGGCUAAAAUAGGUGCACAUGGCAAACCAGUCAUUUUUCUUCAUCCUAAAGACUGUGGAGGAGUCCUUGUAGAACUCGAAGAAGCUUAAUCUAAAGUUGUGAAAAAUUUAUAAUGAGAGAAUCCCCUAUGAAAUAUUAACUUGUAUGUGAUCUUUGUUCAAAUCCUGAGUUAUGCCUUGAUUUAAAAAUUCAAACAUCAAACUGACAGAAGAUUAAAUGGAUAAAAUAACAAAAACA